AUGGACCAAGGCCCUCGCGAGUACAUCCUCGAAGUCUUCGCAGACCAGACUUUUGUCAGGGACAUAGUCAAAGCAGGAGUCCUGCAUACAAUCUUCUUCCACCGCUACUUCCCGCCCAUCCGACCAUCCCUAUACACGCCUACAGCAUCUUCGCAUUCCUCGCACGCGCACACCUCGUCACACUCGCAACACUCGCUCCCCAUCACUCUUCCCUCCAUCCUCGACCCGCCCGAAAUCUCCACAGCAAUAGACUCGCACACCAACCUCCUCAUAUCCCAGCUCACGCCCCAGUCCUCGACGGGCCCAUCCAGCUUAUCAGCCGCGUCAGGCGGCUCGAGAGGCGAGAUUGUGGUGAGAUUCUACGACCGAAAGAGGAGAAGGACAGGCAUUACAACAGGAUGGCUAGGCAGGUUAGGGGGAGGAGGGCAGACGGAGGAGGAAGUUUGCUGGGAGGAGUGGUGCGUGCAGGUCAUCGUGGCGAGACCUAGGAGUGAAGCUGACCGAAUCAAGGUCCGCCGCGCCAUGGAGUCGUCUCUACAGAAGACGGCCAUGAAAAUCGUCGCCAUUGUGAACCGGGAUAAGGACCAUAUCCCCCCAAUCACCACCAGUGAUCAAAACCCCUUCCCAUACAGGAUAUACGUCAAUCCUAAGCAGCAGGAGAGUGCUGAGAGGGGGUUUGUGGGGGGUUGGAGUUGA